AUGUCUCGAGAGAAAUUUAUGCCUGAUGUAAAUAGGAAGCUCAGUCGGGCUGCACACUUGUUCUUGAAUGCUCUUGAAGUCUCUGAUGAAAGAGAAAUUGCCCACGUCAUGGAUAAGAUUCUCUCUGUUUACAGAGACAAGGUUUCUAAAGAGCUACAAGGCGAUUUGUUGAUCGAGCCCAAGCCCUGCCCGGAAUUGCCUGACGCAGUAAAUGCCUGUGUUGAGAUUGCCAAAGAUGUACAACGUCCUCCUCCUGUUAUUGCAACAGAAAAACAUACAAGACUUAAGCGUAAAGCAAAAGAUGUCCAAACCAGUCCACCAAAGAUACCAAAAACUAAGCACGUGCCGUCUAAGGACUCAUAUAAAGAAAAGCAAGUUUCUGUAUUGGAUCAGCAGGAAGACUCUGAUUCGGAGUCUGCCAAAACGAACUACGAAUCUGGUGACUGGGUAUUUCACUUAACUUCAGUAAAGAAAAGAUUUCAGGAUGAAUUCAAUGGUAGAAUACAUCAUUUGAAAAAGGCAGAAACAUAUCUUGGGGUAACCACUCUGUCAUUGGUUAAAGAAUUGAAUGAGUUGGAUCUCAAAGACAGCAUUAGACUUGGAAGGUUAGCUCUGACCAACCUUAUCAACUCAGACAAUAUAAGCUAUGCUUUGGAUGUUGCAAAGCUGGUUUCAGAUGGUUCCAACAUUAUGCCAAAUGAGAAGAGUUUGAAGAAAUUCAUUUCAUUUCACCGAGCUGGAAAAGUGUUGCUCAAAUGCAACCAGGCCUUAAAGUCUGAUAUUCUACUGCUCUAUCCAGAUAUCAUGUCAUAUGAUAUGCUCAUGAAUAUGAGCAAGAAAUGUUCUGUAGUUUUGGUAACCUUUCUUGAAAAAUUUCCUGAAAAGUGUUCUAAGCUCCUUUUAGAAGCUGUGGACCCGCGAUUAAUCUUUUUUUCAUGUGUUAAACUCAGACGUCUAUUUUAA